AUGGCUCAUGGGAAGGCCCGUAGCGGCCUCCAGCAUCGCUCCGCCGAUAAUCGUGCAAGCGCAAGACGGUCGAUGGUCGCAUGCAAUCGCUGUCGCAACAGGAAAACCCGCUGCGCUGGCAAUCCGCCCUAUCCAUGCGCUGCAUCGAGGAUGUUGGUCAUGAUUGUGUGUAUUCCGAAGCCGAGAAACGCGUGUCAAUUACUGAAAGACGGAAAUCGCCCUCCACCAUCAGCUUCCACUUCCACGCCAGCUGCUCCAAGUACUUCUACAAACCCUGUCGAGGUUUCGCUAGAGAGAGAUGACUGGUGGUACAAUGGAGCCGAUAACCUCCUCUUAAGCCGAUCGGGCGAACACCAAUUCAUUGGGGCAUCUUCUGCUACUCACUUAGCCAAGCGUCUGAAUCCCACUUCAAAGAAUUUAGCAUGGGACGUGCGUCCAUUGUAUGAUGACCCAACUUCCUUGCGUCGCUCGAUAAGCCCGGCACUCCCACAGUUACCGCCGUUUGAGUACGCCAAGCGUCUAUAUUGGGUGCAGUAUAGCUACAUCGGGACUAUCUUCUCUCUCAUCCAGCCUCGAGACUACGAAGAGCGACUGAACAUAGUCUAUCACCAGCCUCCCGAUCUACGCAGCCGAGAAUCAUGCCUAGUCUAUUGCCAGGUCCUGCUUAUUAUCUCGUAUGGCCUGAUGUACUCGGUGAAUCAAUGGUCGGGAGAUGAUGGUCCCCCGGGCUUCAAGUAUUUUAAACAUGCACUGCGCUUUCUACCUGACAUUCACGAAGAAGGCUCUAUAUUCUUUGUUGAAGUGCUUUGCUACGUGGCGUAUUACAUGCAGAAUCUCAAUCGCCGAGAUGCAGCAUUUCUCUAUAUCGGUAUCGCGCUCCGAAUGGCCAUUUCCUUAGGGCUGCAUCAAGAAGCCUCCGACCCUACGAUGAGUGAGGAGGAUCGAAAUCGUCGACGUCGAUCCUGGUGGUCUGUAUACAGCCUCGAUCGGCUCCUAUCCGUUAAGUCAGGAAACCCCAUUACUAUUCAAGAUGAAGAUAUAGGCACCGCCUGGCCGGAACCUACCAAUCCGGGCGACGCGCUAAUAUACUAUACCCAACUAUCCAGGACUAUGGGUCGUGUCGGAGAAGAGAUAUAUCGGAAGAAGCCUCGUUCUGGCUCGAACCUAGUCCUCUCUGUACAGAGUAUCAUGGAUGAAUUAUUCGACUGGCUACGGCGGGUACCCGAUCGCUUACGCAUUGACUUCUCGGCUCUUGGCACGAAUGUCAACCGUGCAUCCGUAUCUCUAUUUCUGCACUUCUAUUCCUGUGUAAAUAUGACGGCAAGGCCGCUGGUUUACUAUGUAAUCCAGCGUCGGCUCGAUGCAGAAACGGCGGGGUCGGUAACCGGCGACUGGAAAAAGGGUCUUUCCCAGAAUGCAGUACAAGUUAUUGAGAGCUGUAUCUCGGCAGCUCGCGCUACUAUUAUGGUCAUGGACGCCGCUGCAAAGCAGAAUCUUGUUGCCACCUACGGAUAUCUAGAUGGAGAAUAUAUAUUCUCGGCCGCUCUUCUGCUGGUGAUGGUGAAUGCGGCAUUUCCACAUAACGAUCUCAAUGCACACUCCAUGACGACUGCGUUAAAUCUUCUCCGGGGAAUGGCCGAUCGUGGAAACACCAUCCUUGAGGCUCGCCACUCAUUGCUCCUUGAAUUACAAUCUACCAUUGACCCCAGCCGAAGAAGAACUGAUGAAGACAACAGUGAGUUCACACCGGUCACCCCCGCCACCACGCAGAGGUCCAAGCCAUCUUCAAACGCCCUGAAAGAGCCUGCACCGACUGCGCACAGACCACAGAAUCAAGACAUUUCUUCGAUGCAGGAUCUCUCCUUCAACUUCGAUGUUAAUGAUGAUCCGGCGCUUUGGGAGGGAGUUCUCAAUCAGAUUGACAUUGAUAUGGAUACCGACUGGAUUGAACAGGCUUUGCGAAAAUAGUAUUGCAUGUUG